CAUUUCCGGGUCGUAGCAUUUCUUCCAUGCUACAGAGACGGAGCAACCUCACGUUGAAAACAAAACGGAUAACUUCAUCCAUUUAGUCCACGGCUAUCAUGUUUAAACUGGAAGGGCUCGGACCAAAAAUGGACCCAGAGGAAAUGAGGAAGAAAAUGCGCCAAGAUGUCGUCUCAUCUUUACGAAACUUUCUUAUUUACGUCGCUCUCCUGAGAGCAACUCCAUUUGUAUUGAAGCAGCUGGACAGUAUAUGAGAGGGGCGUCUUCCUUCCAUCCCGAGGAGAUCCCAUGUCAGAGGCUGUGUGGACCACGAUAUGUAGCGGAUGUCCAGCGUUUGUCCAACUGCACGACAUGGAGGAUGUCCAGCGACUGCCCGUCUUUACGCCUUGAAUCAUAUCCACUUUAAUUGUGUUCAUACUCCCUCGAUUUUGUUUAACCAUUUUUAUUGUGCUCAUUUUUCAACCAAACAUGAAUGGCCAUUAAAGAAAAAGUAUGUUGGAUUAAAUGUCAAGUUUAAA